ACCGAUGUCUCCGGAGGCAGUGUUGGACAAGGCCAAAACACUUGUGCUGCAGAACCAUGGAGACCCAGCAAACAGAAAACACUUGCUGGGUUUCUUUGAAAUUCAGUUUGGUGUCUUCCGUGGGCAGACAUUUAAGUGGGUUCUUGAAAAUGCAUUGGGGUAUGCUGCUUACCUGGUAGCUGCCAUGAAAAGGGACCCCACUGGUGGCAGCAAAGACUGGAAAGCACACGCAGAAAACAAAGUGUGCUUCAAGGAGUAUAUGGAGAUGUUUCCUUCUGGCAGAAUUGCUAUUGCCAUGAAAGAAGAACAACAUUCUGAGAAAGGGCCUCAACAACGUCUGCCUACACAGGUUGAUUUAAAACCAGAUGGUGCUGAAACGACCCAGCCUUUACUGCAUGCUGC